AUGUAUAAAAUGAACGAUUUAGAUAUCGAUGAAUAUAACAGGAAUAUAAUUCAAGAACUUAAUGAAGCGGCAGAUGAAGGUGAAUAUUCGUUGUCUAUGUUUUUACAUGACCUAAUAGAAAUAGACAUGGAAUCUAAUUUUAGUUAUAAAUAUAUAAUUAUAGAAAGAUUAGUUGAAAUAUGUAUAAAUUCUAUAAAUAAGAAAAUGUUUUAUUUAGCUGAUGAGUGCAUGUAUUUUAUUCGUUAUUCUAUAGAUAAAUGUGUAAAUUUAAAAGAUGAGAUAAUAAAGAAUACUUCAUUUUUUAACAAUAUAAAUAUUAUAAUAGACACAUGUUCAAAAGAAAUAAAUCUUUAUAAUAAUAAUAAUAAUAAUAAUAAUAAUAAUGAUAGUUUAUAUAUUUUUGAAAAAACAUUUUUUUUUUUUAUUCUUGAUUUAAAUAAUAAUGUAAAUGAUUUUAUGGAUACAUGGAAUAUAUAUAAAAACGAAUUGAUACAUUUUUAUACUACCCUUAUACAUAUAAUAUCAUUAACUACAUCUGAAUUUUAUGAUAUAUUAAAUAAUAUAAAAGAAGAAGAUGAUAAUAUUGAAAUAUAUGAUAUACACAUAGGAUGUAAGUUAAUGAAGAUAAUCGAAAUAUGUUUAGAUGUAUCAAUUCUUAUAUUUAAUAAUAUAGACAAGAUAGAAAAUAUAGAUAUAUUACAAACUGAUAUAAAUGUUUUGAUUAAAAAAUUUGAUGAUAUUCCAGAUAUAGAAAUAAAAAAAAAAAUUAUAUCAAUGAUGAAAGUUUUAAAUAAAAAAAUAAUAAAUGACAAAGAAUUCAAUGAAGAAAUUAAUAAUUUUAAUAUUAAAUAUAAUUUGUUAUCUAAUCUAUCAAAUAAGCAAAAAUAUAAAAAUAAGAAAAACACGAAAAAAAAUAUAAAAAAAAAUAUAAAAAAAAAUAUGAAAAGUAAUGUGAUAAAUAAUAUAAAUAAUGAUUAUUAUAAUUUUCUAAAUAUAACAAAAGAUAAAAACAAUAUAAAUAUAAAUUAUUUAAAAACUAAUUCAUAUAUAUAUAUCAACAAUUGUUAUCUAUAUCUUAAUACAUAUGAACAAAAUAUAAAUGAUAUAACAAUGAGUACAUCAUCAAGUGGAUGUAAUAAAAUAAAGUUAUCAUCAUGGGGGUAUAAAGGAUCAUUGUUAAUAAAUUUUUUUUAUUCUUAUUUUUAUAAUAUUAAACAUAAAUUAUUAGUAGUUAUAUCAUAUGAUAAUAUGAAAAUAAAAGCGGAUCCGAAUUACAAAUCUGUAUUCUUUUAUUUUAAAAAGGGAGAAAUAUCAGGUGUUCUAUCCAACAAACUAAGGAAUACUUUUAAAGAUAAAUUUUUAGACAAUCUAGAAAUAGGAAUCAAACUAAAGUCAAAAGAUAUAUGUAAGAAUGUGCAUGAACUUAUGAUGACUCGUAUUGACAUAGAAAAGUUGAGUGAUAAUGAAAGAGAGAAAAAGAAAGAAAUACAUGUUGAUAAAGAAUAUAAUUUUAAAGAAGAUACUUUUAAUAUUAUCGAACAGGUUCAUAAUAUGGAUAAUGAUAAAAAUGAAAAAAAUAAAAAAAAUGAUUCAUAUGAUGAGUAUGACCCCAAUAAUAUUAAUGAUAAUAAUGUAGAGGUAGUUCAAAAUAAUCAUAUACAUUUUAAUAAGAUAGAAAGAGAUGAUAUGUCCUUUAUUAAUAAUCAUAAUUUAAAAAAUGAAGAAAAGUUAGAACGAAGAAAAGUUAGCUUUGCAACUACAAAAGAAUUGUGCUUAUUAAAUGAUGAUAUUUCUGUUGAAACAAAAACUAUGUUAUUAGAAGAAUCAAUAUUAAAACAUGUCCAUUCAAAUUAUAAUAAUAAAUGGAUAAAUAAUAAUAUUAUAUAUAAUCAAAAUCAAAAUGUUUAUUAUGAUAAUAAUAAUAAUAAUAAUAAUAAUUGUAAACAAAAACAUGAUAACAAUACAAAUUGUUUAAGUGAAAAUUCGACAAGUAAGUCAAAUAAUGAUUCUUUACUUAUUCAUCACAAUCAUAAGAAGGAAAAAAUAGAACCCCUCAAAAUUAGUUAUGCUACUACAAGAGAUUUAUUUGGUAAGGAAGAAUAUUCAAAAGGAAUCAUUGAAGUAGAUGAUAAUAACACGAUGAAUAUAAAAAGAGUGAAUCACCACCAUAAUAAUAAUAAUAAUAAUAUCAAAGAAGGAACCGUAAAUUAUAAGAACCCUUUCUUUAAUCAUGUAAUUCUUAAGGAUGAACAUAUAAAUAACGAUCAAAACAGAAAUGAAGACUAUUACACAUAUUCAGAUAAAAUAGAAAAAAAACAAAACGACCAGACAAAUAUAUUGAACCAUUAUAGUUAUGAUAAAGAAAAUAUUAAAAUAAUAAAUAAUGAGGAUAAUACAAAUAAAGAAGAUAUACAUACAAAUAUAUAUAAAAAAAAUGAUAAAAUAGAUAUAUCAAAUGAAUAUAUUACAAAUAAUAAUGAAGAAGAAAAAAAUAAAUACAAUCAAAAUAUAUCAAACGAUUUACAAAAUGAAGAUAAUAAGAAAUAUAACUAUUCCAUAAAAAAUGAUGAAAUUUUUUUAAAUAGUAAAAAUUAUAAAGAAACAAAAAAAAUACAUAAUAAAAAUAAUGUGAUAAACAGACAUGAUUUAGAAUUAAAUUCUGAAUUACAAAUGUCAUGUAAUUUAAAUAAUUCACAAAAUAAAUAUAAUAUUAAUAAAGAUUAUAUUAUAAAAUCUCCAUUUGAUAUUGUUAGGAAGUUAUUAAACUUUGAUGAAAAGCAAAAAAAUAUUGAGGAAUGUUUAGAGACAAUAAAUAAUUAUAACAUAAAUGAUAAAAACAAAAAGGAAAAUAAUAUAAAUGAAGAUCAAGUUAAUCAUAUUAAACAUGAUGAUUCGAAUACUAUACUUAAUCAUAAUGACAAUAGUCAUGAUAAUUUAAAUAAUUUGAGAGUGACAAGUAGAGAGGAAAAUAUCAUAACAAAAAAUAUGACCCCAAAAUACUCGACCCUUUUUAAGAAUAUUAAUGAUAAAAUAAAUUGCAAUUAUAAGAAUGACAAAUGUUUAAUAAAUAAGAGAAAUGAAAAGAAGGAGAAAAAACAAAUUAAAAAAAAUAAAAAUAAUUAUAAUAAAGAAAAUAAUUAUGAAAAAGACAAAGACAUUGACAAAGACAAUGACAAUGACAAAAAGAAUGAUAAUGAUCAUAUAAAUCAUGACAAAAGUGAAGAUAAAUUUAUAAUAACAAAUAAUAUAAAAAGUGAAGAAAUAAAUGAAAACGUAAAAGAUGAAGUAGUAGAUGGUGUUAAUAUUAUAUCAAUUAAUAAUAAAGAGAAAAUAAAUGAACAGGAUAUUACAGGGGAAAAAAAAAAAUUUAAAAACAUUAAUUUAAAUAAUACGUCAAAUGCAUAUUCACAAAUUGUAAAUAUAUCAGGUUAUGAUGAACCUAGUAAUGAAUUAAUUUACAAUUUUGAAAAUAAUAUUGUAUCAUCAUGUAAUAUUGAUAAAAGCUGUAUAAGUAGUAGGAGCAAAAAAAGAAUAUCUACAUCAAUGAUGAAUAAUAUCACACCAAAUAAUGAUAAUAAUAGUGAUAUUUAUAAUGAUAAUAAUAAUAGUAAUUAUUAUAAUAAUACAUAUUUGAAACAAACUAAUGAUACUUAUUCAAAAAAUGUUAUAGAUUCACCUUACCCAAUUAAAAAAGUGAAAUACAAUUAUUAUUAUGAUUCUAAACUAUUUGAACUAUUAAAAAAAGAAGAUAAUUUAGAAAAAUUGUCAGCCAAAUAUUUAAUUCGAGCUUACACAUUAAUUCAAUAUAAUAAAAGAUAUGUACAUAUUCAAAUCAUUGACUAUUUUAGAUAUAUAAAAAAAGAAAUUCUAUUAUCAUAUGAUAACAUUAAUAUAAAAUAUAAUAAAUUAUUAAAUAAUAUACAAUCACAACAUGAUAACAAAUUACAAAAUAUCUUAAUAAAAUAUUAUAAGCAUUUAAAAGAACAUACAAAUCAAAAAAAAAUUCUAAAUCUUAAUAAAAAUAUUCCAAAAUCUAUCAAUAUAAAUAAAAUUAAAAUUAAAAUUAAAUACUUAUAUGAUACACUUAACAUAGUUCAAAGAACUAUGAAAGAUAAAAUAUUAAAUUCAACAAUUCUACUUAAUUAUAAACAAAGUGAUAUUUAUACACCAUCCUUUUCUUUAGGAACUAUAAUAUCAAAAUAUUCCAUAUAA